AAAGUUAUUGGGAAGCGGAACACGGAUGGCAAUCAAUAAUAAAAAUAUAAAUAAUAUAAUAAUAAUAUAUAAUAUUAUAUCCAAUCUUUUCCUGUUCUGACUUUCCAGAAAAAAAAAAAAUCUGUUUUUGACUUCUUUGCUGCUAUAAAUAUCGACCACUGUGAAAUCAGCUUUCUUCGUUCAUCCCUUUCUUCUUCCUCUCUCCCACUCAGCCAUUGUCGGUUCAGCCUUCUUUCGAUUUCGCUUCUGAAUUUCGUUUCGUAUUUGGGGGUUUUGUUUCUGUGAAUUGUUGGGAAUGGAGGGCGUAGAUCAUCUGGCGCAUGAGAGGAGCAAGGCUCAGUUUGAUGUUGAUGAAUUAAAGAUCGUCUGGGCUGGUUCUCGCCAUGAAUUCGAAGUCUCCGAUCGGAUUGCUCGCCUCGUCGCUUCUGAUCCGGUCUUUCGGAAGGAUAAUAGAACCAUGUUAGCUAGGAAAGACUUGUUCAAAAAUACAUUGAGGAAAGCGGCUCAUGCAUGGAAGCGGAUUAUUGAGCUUCGACUCACUGAGGAAGAGGCAAAAAAGUUGAGGUUUUUCGUGGACGAGCCUGCUUAUACUGAUCUUCAUUGGGGAAUGUUUGUACCUGCUAUUCAAGGACAAGGCACUGACGAGCAGCAGGCUAAAUGGUUACCUUUGGCAUAUAAGAUGCAAAUAAUUGGUUGUUAUGCUCAGACUGAACUUGGUCACGGUUCUAAUGUUCAAGGACUUGAAACUACUGCCACUUUUGAUCCCCAAGCGGAUGAGUUCAUUAUCAAUAGUCCAACACUUACUUCAAGCAAGUGGUGGCCUGGAGGAUUGGGCAAAAUAUCUACACAUGCUGUUGUUUAUGCACGUCUUAUUACUGAUGGUCAGGACCAUGGAGUGCAUGGUUUCAUUGUCCAACUUAGAAGUUUGGAAGAUCAUUUGCCUCUUCCAGGCAUAACUGUUGGUGAUAUUGGAAUGAAAUUUGGUAGUGGAGCAUACAAUAGUAUGGAUAAUGGGGUAUUGAGAUUUGAUCAUGUGCGCAUCCCAAGGGAUCAAAUGUUGAUGAGGGUUUCACAGGUGACAAGAGAAGGGAAAUAUAUGCAAUCCAAUGUUCCGCGGCAGCUAGUUUAUGGUACUAUGGUAUUUGUGCGGAAAGCUAUUGUACUUGAUGCUUCAUGUGCUCUGUCACGGGCAGUUUGUAUAGCUACAAGAUACAGUGCUGUUCGUAGACAAUUUGGCUCACAAAAGGAUGGUGUUGAGACCCAGGUGAUUGAUUACAAAACACAGCAACAUAGGCUCUUCCCUCUAUUGGCCUCUGCUUAUGCUUUCAGAUUUGUUGGUGAAUGGUUAAGCUGGCUAUAUACGGACGUGACCCAAAGGUUGCAAGCCAAAGAUUUCUCUACAUUGCCUGAGGCUCAUGCAUGCACUGCGGGGUUGAAGUCAUUGACUACUUCUGCCACUGCUGAUGGUAUUGAAGAAUGCAGAAAAUUAUGUGGUGGCCAUGGUUACCUGUCUAGCAGUGGGCUUCCUGAGCUAUUUGCAGUUUAUGUUCCUGCCUGUACAUACGAAGGAGACAAUGUUGUGCUACUUCUACAGGUUGCAAGGUUUCUCAUGAAGACUGUUUCUCAGUUGGUGUCUGGUAAAAAGCCUGUUGGUACCACAUCAUAUUUGGGGCGUGUUGAACAUCUCAUGCAAUCUCAACCAAAUGUGCAUAAAGCUGAGGAUUGGUUACAGCCUAGUGUCAUGGUGGAGGUAUUUGAAGCAAGAGCCACCAGAAUGUCCGUUGCCUGUGCUCAGAACCUUAGAAAGUUUCCAAAUCAGGAAGAUGGCUUUGCAGAACUCUCAGCUGAUUUAAUUGAGGCAGCAGUUGCUCAUUGUCAAUUAAUUGUCGUUUCUAAGUUCAUUGAGAAAUUACAACAAGACAUUCCUGGAAAAGGAGUGAAGGAACAGAUGCAGAGUCUUUGUUACAUUUAUGCUCUGUCCCUUAUCCACAAACAUCUCGGCGAUUUUGUUGCCACUGGCUGCAUUACACCCAAGCAAGCCUCGCUCGCAAAUGAACAACUUCGUUCUUUAUAUACCAAGGUCCGCCCCAAUGCGGUUGCCCUUGUUGAUGCAUUCAAUUACACCGACCACUAUCUUAGCUCGGUGCUUGGCCGCUACGACGGUAACGUGUAUCAGAACCUGUAUGAUGAGGCAUGGAAGGAUCCUCUGAAUGAAUCAGUUGUGCCUGAUGGCUACCAGGAAUACGUAAGACCCCUUCUGAAGCAGCAGCUGCGCAAUGCCAGACUCUAAAGAUGAUUGGCAAAUAGGCCAGUUAGUUUGAUAAAUUUAUCAAAUAAUUGUGAUAUGAUAUUGCAAUGUUAAUUAUGAAUUUAGCUGUUUUAUUUAUUUAAACAGAAAGAAUAUAUAAAUAUAUAAAUAUAAAUAUAUAUUAUAUUAAAUGUGGUUAUAUAAAUAUUUAUUUUCUUAAA